AUGAAACCAUCCCAAAUAUUUGCCACAGCCAGAAGAAAAAACAGACUUAAGAUCCUGAACAUAAGAAACAGAAUAUCAGAUGUAUUGGCACUUAUACCACUUUCUGCCAUCGCCAAAGAGAUUCUAUCUCUGUACGCACGCGAUCAAUCAGCGGCAGUGGCAUGCACGUCUCUUCUCUACGUUGCAUACAUAAUAUUCAUCAGAGCCUCGAGUAUAACAAGCGAAUACGACACAGGAAACUCUUGCAAGAUAGCCAUAUACUACAUUCUGUCUAAAUGGACGCUCCUUGGGGCUAUCUCGCUUGUGGCGUACACCCCAUACUCUUUAAUAUUCAUUGUGAACAUGAUAGUGCCUGAUAAUUUAUAUUUCUACACGCUGGCUCUUUUUCCAAUGGGAUACAUAACAUACCUCGUGUCCAUGUUUACUGUGCACAUUCUUCUUCUUUACCCUGUGUGCAUCUUUGCUCUUUCUUUUUUUCACUUUCUGCUGUCGUUUCAAGAGAUGCCGCACAAAAAAACGCAGAAAAUGCUGAUUUUCUCCAUCUAUGCAGUAAAUGUACUCUUUACGAUCCAUCUGAGCGUUCUGUGGGCGCUUAUUCUGUACUACUGCAUGGACAACGGGAGAACGAAAAAAAUGAUACGGAUUACUUAG